UCCGGAAGACGUGGCGUAACAAACCGCUAGCUUCGCCUUCAUCGCUGCUGCUCCUCUUCAGUGAUCACCUCAGCAAAGAGCAGCAGCUCUGAGUCGUUACAGCUGCGUACGAGCGGAUAAAGUGUGCAGCUGCCGCCACAAUGAUUUCACUCACGGAUUCACAGAAAAUUGGGAUGGGGCUGACGGGGUUCGGCGUGUUUUUCCUCUUCUUUGGGAUGAUGCUGUUUUUUGAUAAAGCUCUCCUCGCCAUUGGAAAUAUCCUGUUCGUCUCAGGCCUGUCCUUCGUCAUCGGCCUGGAGCGAACUUUCAGAUUCUUCUUCCAGAGGCACAAAGUAAAAGCCACCAGUUUCUUCCUGGGAGGAGUGCUUGUGGUUCUCAUCGGCUGGCCAAUCAUCGGAGUCGUUCUGGAGAUCUACGGGUUCUUCCUCUUAUUCAGAGGAUUCUUCCCGGUGGCCAUAGGCUUCAUCAGGCGAGUUCCUGUGCUCGGGUCUUUGCUCAGCUUACCAGGGAUCAGUACACUGGUGGAUAAAAUCGGUGAGAGCAACAAUAUGGUAUAACAGUGGGCUGUUUCUGUGUCAGAGGAGAGGUUCAGUAUUUAUCAUAGUUUCUAAUAGUGACUGUAUAUUUUGGUCAUUGCCACUCCAGAACUGUGAAUCCAAACCAUUUUUUCUUCACAAAAGACACAACAGUGUAUCUGUGGACGUUUGACUGAUAUGAUGAUGUUUUUGUAUCUGACCGACACUUGGAUGACGUCAACCAAGAGAUUUUUAUUUUAUUUUAAAAGCUGGAAGCGGGUCUCCCAUUUUGUAUCAUUCCAGUCUGAUAUUUAUGGACCAUUUAUGGAUUAACUCAGCGGAGAGUCCGGAGCUCCUCGCAGCAUCCCCUCCUUCAGAUUGUGUGCCUGAACAGUCACUGAGAGCUUUUUAUUUGACUUCCUUGAUGAAGUGUUACUGGAAUUUUGUACAUUAAAAUGUAAUAAUGUUGAGCUAAAUGUUACUUGGGCAAAGGAACCUGAACUGUUGUGGAGAAAGUUUAAGAGGUUUGUUGUGGAGAUGUUUUACUGUAACUUUUGUAAGUGCAUACUUGAAAUAAAGUGUGUCUUUUAUAAA